GUGACAUUGACAGACUUCUUGCAUUGUUGAGAAAUAUUCAAGUAAAGUAAAUUUGUUGAAUAUUUUUAUAGCUUUGCAUAGUUUACUUGUUAUUAUAAUCAAAUUACCAUGUGAUUUUAAAUGCCGCGUAUUUGUAUUACUGUCACACACAGCCAGUAAAAUUGGAAGAAACCUGAGUUCGUUUAUCCUUAUGUCUGUAUUGUGAUCUUUGUUAGUGCAAAUUAUUAUGUUUGGGAGACCCCGAUGUCGAGAGUGGACGCCCCUGGCGACUCAGCAACUUCGUCUGAGAAGCCUUGUACAGAUUGUGGGCUACAAUAUACGACCCCCAGAAUGGUGUCACACUCAGUGCAGCUUCUACCUGACUCUGCACCACACCACCAUGUCGGCUCCGUUCUACACUAGUGAAAGAAUAUCUUCUCCUCACCCAAAAUGGAAAGAAAUUGAUUCAGAAUUAACCCAACGCAUGUCAUCAACGAACGUUGUCAUCAGGAUAUGGUGUCACACGCCACACGUCUCUCAGGAGGACGGUGAGAAAUGUCACGACACGGUCAUACAAACGUGGGGCGUGUAUUUCACGGGGCUGCGGUACAUAGGGGCCAACCUAGCUUUAAAUUUCACCUCAGACUGUUUCAAAAGUAAUACACUUGUAUUCCAAAUGCACGGAGGCUACUUUUGUUCCUACAAGAGUUUGAAAUUAGAUAUAAUCCCGCCGGAGAACGAAUUAGAACACGGAUCUCUGUCGUCCAGCUCUUCGGGGAAAACGAAUCUUUCGAAGAUAACACUAGAACCUAAAUUUAUACAGUAUAACAAAGUUAGAGAAGCGAGAUCGAUAUCGCCUAGUAAGUACUCUAGAAGAAUCGAUAAAGAGUAUUCGAAAAGCAAUAGUCCAGUAGAAAGAGGUUUGAAACAAAAUUUCGCUACUCUUAAAUCUUCAACUAGUCUAAACAUAGCUCAGAAGAAAGAAGAUAAGAAUGAUCCAAAUUACAUAUACGAGCAUUCGCCUGAUAGUUUAGAUGUCAAAGAAUUGCCUACGGGUACUCUGAAUUGCUUCGGUUUUUCCAAGACAUCGUCGAAUGAGGAUUUAGCCGAUAACAAUAUAGAUAUGAGCGAGACAGCUGAAAAUUAUGAUUUAAGGAACGAAUCGGAAGUACCUAAGUAUAGGUAUAUAUCGUUGAGUUUUUUGAAAUCAGAAAUAAGGCCCAGUUAUAAUGCUAGUAAGUUGCAGAAGCUACAUUUGUUACAAUAUUCGAUUAAGAAAAAACAGGAGGCGGUGCAAGAAAUUAAAGAGAGGAUUUAUACAAAAUCUGCUUUAGCCAAUGAAACGCCAAGAAAUGAAGAGAUUGAUUUCAAAUCGAGGGCGAAAAGUAAAUCGCAUAAGAGUUUGUUCUCUACGGAAGAUGGUGAUAGUGAUAAGAAUAAAACGGCGUCACAAAGUGAUUUGAGUAUGAAGAACGGUAAAAUUAAGGGGGAUAGGCCUAUCGUCUCUAAUGGACCUCGGCUUACGUUGAAACUGAAUGAUCUCCUGUCUUUUAAGUCAAAACCAUCCCCGUUUGAAAGGUCCGAAUACGUUAGACUUACAAAACAAAUAGAAAUACUACGCUUCAAGCGUAUAAUACUAGCGGACGAGAGAGACAGCAAGCUGGUUAAUAUAAGGAGACUGAAAGAGAGGCACGGUAAACUGUUGGAAGAGAAUCAGGAUGUUGGCGUAGAACUAAUGGAAAACUACCACAGCCUAUCACGCAGUACUGAGACUGUAAAAGAAGCGAAGACCUCGUGCGCGGCGAUGCGGGAAUUAGCUGCUAGAUCCUACGCCGCGUUACUAACCCGUAGGCAGGAGUUAUUGAGUCAAUUGCACCAGAUAUUUUAUAUUGAACAGAAAGAGCCGUCAAUAUGGACGAUAUGCGACGUUCGCCUGCCAGUUUGCGGUGACGAAUCCCCGCGAACUUCCAACGUCAGCGAUUCCGUAUCAGCCGGCUUAGCAGCUCAGGCCACAGUUCUAGCGGCGGCUGUGUUGAAUCAGCCUUUGAGAUAUAAAAUCACUUUGUUAGGAUCCGCCACCAAGAUAUUGGACAUCACCCCGGAUUUGCCUGACCCCAACAUCCCGCUAUAUGCAAGAGGAGGGGAUACUACGUUAUUCCAUUACGCAAUGUUUCUUCUCAACAAAUGUAUAGCUCAGUUGUUGUGGGGCCGGGGAAUACCCAUAUCCGACAUGAGACCGACACUUGCCAAUCUGCAGAAGCUGUUGACCGCACCUUGUAAUGUGGCGGACACACAAAAGUUGUUUGGCACGUACAAAUGGCUUGAAGACAACCAAUGCCCUAGGACGCAAUCGUUGAGGAGUUUGGUUGCGCAAGAAAGAGGGAAAUUUAGACAGUUCAACAGAUUUAAGGAAUCAGUGGAUGGACACUCGCCCCACUCCGCUUUGAACUUGAAGAAGCACCGCCAUUCCAGAAGCGUCGGUAGUUAUAGAGACGAUCAGGAGCUGUCAGCCUUAGACGCCUCUACAACGUCAAUAAUGGGCAGCGAAUCAAACAUAUACGACAUGAAACUCUCCCAAGCCAGCACUUCGGACUUACAGCUUAAAACUCAUAACUCUGACUCAGAAAUACAAAGAAUACUUGACGAACAAAAAGUCAUAUUCACUUUAGGAGAAGACACAUUAGUCAAUUUGAAUUCACAAACUUUAGUACGAAUUUCUACUAAUAAUGAAGAUGUGUGUUUAGGAGAGAACGUCAAAAGAAUUUGCUCUGAAAUCGAAAGUUUUUGUACUACAGCUGAUGUUGAUACGCAAAAUGUACACGAAGGUUUCGAUGUAGCUAAACAUAUGGAAGCUGUUAAUGAAGGUAUAUCUAAUUUAAGGGAUAAGACUGAUAUGGAUAACUGCGAUACGUGUCCGGUAAAGGAUGUGUGUGAGUUGGAAUGUGCCAAAACUGUGGAAGACGUUAUUGUUAUACCUAGUGCUGAGGCGAGGAUUGAUACGGAACAAGAAAGUGUGGUAGAAGAAACCGCUGGUGGUAUUCAAAAAUUGUAAUUAGCUUCUUGAUUUAGACCUUAAGAAACGGAUAAUAAUAAAUAAAUUAUUAUAUUACUAAGGCCUUACCGAACAUAUGAAAUCUAAAGUAUAGGCCAUCAAUAUAGCUCGAUUUUUUGACAGCAGGAUCAAAGCAGCUGUCAAAGAGAUCGAGCCAUAUUUUUCAGACCUUGAUAUACACAUUUCUUGAAAUUACACAAGUAAGCACUGGACACAAAAUUAAAAUGAUUAUUUCAUGAAAUUUAUAUUUUUAUUAGAUUCUGGAGCUACCGUCAUUGUGCUAACAGAGUCAUAUUUUACUCUUCAAUUUUCCCAAGCUUGCAAGACAUACACCCCUUGAAAAAAAAACGUAAGUUUUCGUACCGCAAAAACGAAACGGUUCUCGUUUUAUAUUCUGCAGUUAAUCGUAUGUUUGUAAGCAUCUUUUUAUCGGUUUGCAUCUCUUUUAUUUUACAAUUUUGUGUAUCAAUUCAAUGCUUCAGCUUUUUUUUAUUUGUGAGUGAGUUAAUUUUAUACAACUAAUUUCACUACUAGGUAUUUAUUCUUCCACUUUCGUGAGGUCCUAAAUUUUGGGAGUGUUUUUAUCAAAAGUAAUGGAAGUGUGUAACAAGAAGUUACUCAUGCUGCUUCUAAUACAGAAGAUAAUAAAUAAUGUUUAUAAUCCUACCGAUCUCGUGUGAUAUGUCAUUCUACUAAAUUGUCUUAAUAUUUCUUAAAUUAUAUAAUUUAUUGUAAUAAAAUAUUGUUUGUCUCACUUUCACUAUAAUUUUUAACUUGAGGCCAUAGAGAUGGUUUUUCUGCAUGGUGCGUGUCUGUCUUUGUUUUAUUUGGUGUCAGAAUUUUUACUAACUACACUUUUCACAGUAUAUCAACUAUUAUCUUUAUGAUGUCUCUUAGAAUCAUCGAUUCCAUCGUCCACGCUAUAAUUGAGAGACAGAAAUAUAGCUAUAACUACGUUUGUGAUUAUCUUAGGUAUUAAUCUUUCUAAAUUAGAUCCUUAAAGUAAUUUUAAAAUAGCUUGUGUCGGUGAUCGUUAUUUUAUCUGUGAUUGAAUUAGAUUUUAUAAUAAUAACGGAUUUCUUAGGUUGAUCGAAUGGCCGUCGUUUUUAAUAAAGCCUUUGACAAUAACAAUUAACGUUUAAUAUUGUCAUACAUUUAAAGUACGUACUAAUAAGCUUGGUAUAUAGUUUUCAGACGCAUAAUGGUCAUUAGGCAUAAUAUUUCUUUUGACACAAUGAAAUUUUUUAUGCCAAUGAGUAUAAGUAUAUUUUUGUGUGGUUCCUUUUUUUGUUACUUUAGUUAUAUGCCGAAAGAAGCGCCAUUAAAAUCGGUACAGCCGAUUCGAAAAUGUUGAUGCUAUCAAAUAUAUAACCCUAAAAUUUAGAAGACGAUAUAUAUCGCUACUCGAUCAACUUUAUAAAAAUGUUUGCUUUGAAUUUACGUACAUGGUCAUCUCAGGGACCUACAUUGAGACCAUUUUUAUAAAUAUUGUUACUAUCACUAAGUUACUUCACACUAGUAGUUUGUUGGUUUACACGUAGAAUAUCUGAUUCUCAAAAUGACAAUUUUCGCAAAAAGACUAACCACAUGUGUCAAUGAAAUGGCUGUUUAGACAUCUAGACUUUGUGCGAUUGAAAUCAUCUGUAAAGUUAUCUUACUAAGACGUAUUUGUUGUAAAUUAAUAGGUAAACAAAAGUAUUUAUUAAAAUAAUGAAUAAUGGCAUUUAUAUUAUUUAACCUGCAUCACAAGAAAAUAAGUUUCUACUGUGUUGUAAGUAAUGUAAUGUGUUAAGUAUUCCUUAAUAUUUUUGUCAUUUCAAGAAUUAGACAUUCUACGCCAAUAGCUUUGAUUAGCAAGAGUUGUGUAACAAUUGUAAAUUGUAUAAUCACCAAUUGUUAAUACGUCAACAAAAUAAAAUAUUU